CAGACGCCAGUGGCACAGAAUGUCUGCGGAUCUUUACGGAGAGAUGGGCAUUGGAAGUGCCUGGGACUGACAUUCAUGAUCGUUGUAUGCCUAGCAACCAUCGCUUGGUGCCAGUUUGACAAAACGGAAAAGACGGUGCUAACCUACUUAGACAUGGCGUUCAGUAACUCGGAUCGGUCGGGCUCGUGCAAGGAAGGAUACAUCUACAUCCCCGUGGCUUGUGUCAUCAUCUUGUACCUGGUCUAUUUGGUAGAGUGCUGGCACUCGCACGCCUGGCUGCAGCUCAAGUACAAGUGUGACAUCGCCUCGGUCUACACGACAAUCAGUAGGAUGCAGGAAGCUCUGCCCGUUAUCUGGUGGAAGGCUACCUGCUACCACUACGUCAGGAGAUCCCGCCAGGUCAUGAGAUACCGAAACGGCGACGCCUUCACCUCUACUCAGAUUUAUUACGAAAGAGUGGAUUCAAAUACAGCAGGGGCAGCCUUCAACUUUACCCGCUGUGGGGUCAAGGACAUUUCACGACCUUUGUCCGACCUGGAAAAGUACCCAGCGGUCAAAAUCAAGAUCAGUAAAGGGUUCUCCUUUGCAAACUUGGACACUGAAUAUGAAUUUGAGGAGCAGCGGUCGCAAUUCUUUCAAGAGCAUGAAACGAAGGAUGAUUACAUGGAAGGGAGGGAGGGGAUGGACUUAAUUAAUGAUCCAAAUAAUUUACCCUGGUAUGUCUCCCGUGCAGUGUUCUGGAUUGGUUCUCUUGUUCUUUUAUCAUGGCCACUUCGCGCUAUUAUUGAGUUUAAGACCGCACAUUUACACUACCACAUUCAUAAAUUGUUUGGAUCAAAUUAUUUAGGUUCGGAUCGCUGUCCCGGGUUGAUUAGUAGAGUCAGUACAAUGAACAGUACAGAAUUUGAAAUGAGUAUACGUAACAAUAACGUUAUAGUUCCUAGCUAUUCGGAAGCCAUGCUGGUAGACAUUCACGAGCAGCAAGGAAGAGAUUACGGAGCUAUCAAAACGUACCCGGUAAAGUUUCCACGUAGUUUGACUAAUGCUACUUUAGCUAGUCGGUCGACUUGGAGAUCUGCAACACCUACUGUUAUGAUGAACCAGGUAAAGAAAUUUAAAAGCUGUAAUGUGUUAGAAAAUGUUGAGUCGACAGAUCCCUCGCUACAGUCUGGCUCUUUCCGUUAUCAUGUUCGGCAACUGAUGCGAGAAAGAGGCAAAAAGCAAGCAAAAACUGCUAUAAGCCUGUCCCAUGGUAAUAUAUCAGGUUUCUUAAGCAACGAAAAUGUAAGACGGAAUCGUUAUUCCAUUGAUACAUCUAACGGUGUGACUUCGUCUGUUUGUAAUUAUCAUUCCAUUGAACCAUCGAACAUGACCUCUGCUUUCUCUAAUGGGGCAUCGUCUAAAACUACAUCCGGGUCAGUGGAGGCACGAUGUUAUGACCCAGAUGUUCAAACUGUUACUUCAUUAGGACCUAAACUGAUAAACAAACACCCAAAGUCGCCACUGAGCAGAUCAAAAAGUGUACCCGAUUCCGAUUCUUCUCAGCGAUAUAUUCUCAGCCACAUACCAUAUUUACAUAGAGACAAACCUCCAUUAGAAUCUAUUUCAAACAGUUCCGACAUCCAUCAAGUAUUAAACUCCAAUCCAACAUCAUCAAACUAUGAGGGCUACAACAAAAAUAUAUUUUCUAGAACAACUACUGCACCCAUUUUCCCGACCACACCACCAUCUCCUCCUGCAUACGAAGAAGCUAUCAAAAUGCGACAGAUCUUUCCCGCUUUUCUUCCCAAGUCAGCAUUAAACUCUGUCGACCAGGCAGCGGAAAUUGGAUUUACAGAAAACUCUUCUUCAGAAUUACCGAUGUCAAAUAUGGCAGUCACUAGAGCACGCAGAGGUCACGGCGAUAAAGGUAACACUGAUUUAGUCCGGCUAGAAGGACCGAUCGAUUCCGAAAUCGAUAUAGGAAAGUCUGAGCAGUCUUCAGAAAGACAAGUCGAUGAUUCGAGGGAGGUCGUUUACCACCUACACACUAGUACAAAUUCAGAAGAAGAAAAACGUUACUCCAAUUCCCAUUUUACCCGCCAUCGAAACGACCAGCAGCAGUCAAACAAGUUGAAAGCUCUUCCAAAAGUCAGUAAGAUAACCCACACAGGCGCUGACGAUUCCGAUACUGAGUGUUUGCACGGAACGUAUUCGGAUUUGGGAAACUUUGACACUGUACCAAGCAGUGAUGAUUGUUUAUCUAACAGAGCGUCACAACAGCGAACUUUCGGAAUCGGGUCGAUAUCCCGUUUAGCAGUGUCUGUGAUUGCUCAAGAUGGCAUGUGUGACCCGACGGGUUCAUUGAAUCAGAGCUUGAACAGUGGCACUCAAUCACCCAGUGUAUCGAAGUCAGCCAUCACUCAAGCUAGAACUUCCGGUCUAGAUAGUUUCUGUAGACAUCGCAUGGAAACGUCAGUCUGA